AUGGCGUCCAACAUGGACCGAGAAAUGAUUCUGGCUGAUUUCCAGGCAUGUACUGGUAUUGAAAAUAUUGAUGAAGCUAUAACGUUGCUUGAGCAAAAUAACUGGGAUUUAGUGGCAGCUAUAAAUGGUGUAAUACCACAAGAAAAUGGCAUUCUACAAAGUGAGUACGGUGGAGAGACUUUACAUGGACCAGCAUAUGGCCCCACAAGUCAUUCUACAGCAGCCUCUUCAACUCCUUCCUCAUCCUCAGCGUUUCGCCAUGUAGUGCCAUCUAGACAAAUAGUGGAAAGACAACCUCGAAUGCUUGACUUCAGGGUUGAGUACAGAGACAGAAAUGUGGAUGUAGUACUUGAAGACAGCUCCACAGUUGGAGAUAUCAAACAUAUUCUAGAAAAUGAACUUCAGAUUCCUGCCUCUAAAAUGCUCUUAAAAGGGUGGAAGAGUGGAGAUGUAGAUGAUAGUACUGUUUUAAAAACUCUACACUUGCCAAAAAAUAAUAGUCUUUAUGUUCUAACACCUGACCUGCCUCCUCCUUCUUCAAGUCAUUCUGGGGCCCUGCAGGAGUCAUUAAAUCAAAACUUCAUGCUGAUCGUCACCCAUCGAGAAGUCCAGCGGGAGUACAACCUCAACUUCUCAGGAAGCAGUACCAUUCAGGAGGUAAAGCGGAAUGUCUAUGACCUAACUAGUAUCCCUGUCCGUCACCAGUUAUGGGAAGGCUGGCCUCCUUCUGCUACAGAUGACUCG